AUGGCUAGGAUCAAUGGUAUUCAGAAGGCUAUUGCUUUUAAACCUUCUAGUUUUCUUCUUAAGUUGGAAGUGGAUCUCCUUAGGGAUCUUGAUCUUGUUCUCAAUCAAGAAGAGGAGUUAUGGGCUCUGAAGUCUCGGGUUAAUUGGUUGGUUCAAGGGGAUCGUAAUACAGCUUUCUUCCAUGUUUCAACUUUGGUUAGGAGGAAAAGGAAUCAAAUCCUGGCUAUUAAGAAUUUAGUGGGGGAAUGGAUCCUUGAGGAGAAUGAUAUCAAAGAGUUUAUUAGAAGCGGUUUUAAUGGGAUAUACGCAACAUCUCAUGAGGCUGUUUCAAGGGAUGAACCUAAUUUUGUCCAGUGUCAGGCCAAGCUCUCGGAUGGGGAGAGGGAGAGCAUCGAUGGAGAGGUUACUGAAACAGAAAUUAAGACUGCCUUGUGGUCUUUAAAACCAUUUAAAGCCUCGGGUCCGGAUGGACUUCAUGCGGGCUUCUUCCAAAAAUCUUGGCCGGUAGUGGGGGACUCUAUGAUUGAGGAAGUUAAGCAGAUUUUUAGGAGUGGGAAAGUGCCUGAGAAUCUGAAUAAAGACUCUUAUUGCUUUGAUUCCUAA